CGCUACCAGCGGCUUCGGCGGGAGGCCACGGCGCGGUGCAUCCUGGGUUGGCGUAGCCAUGGCGUCUCGUGUCCUUUGCGCCUGUGUCCGCCGCCUGCCCGCGGCCUUUGCGCCGCUGCCCCGGCUUCCCACGUUGGCUUUGGCCCGGCCGCUCAGCACCACUCUCUGCCCUGAGGGAAUCUGGAGGAGACCCGGAACUCUGCAGCCCACCUUGGCGCUCGCGCAGGUGCCUGGGACGGUCACACAUUUGUGCCGCCAGUACAGUGAUGCACCCCCACUGACGUUAGAGGGAAUCAGGGACCGAGUUCUGUAUGUCUUGAAACUCUAUGAUAAGAUUGACCCAGAAAAGCUCUCAGUAAAUUCUCAUUUUAUGAAGGACCUGGGCUUAGACAGUUUGGACCAAGUGGAAAUUAUUAUGGCCAUGGAAGACGAAUUUGGGUUUGAAAUUCCUGAUAUAGAUGCAGAGAAGUUAAUGUGUCCACAAGAAAUUGUAGAUUACAUUGCAGAUAAGAAGGAUGUGUAUGACUAAAGUAUCAGAGCCUUCUUCCUCACUGUGAGGACUCCAGAGGACACACGAUGGCAUCGUGGCCAACUGACAGCGGUUCUGUUCGACUUGUAUUUAAAUUGUCUGAGUGUUUUGCCCUUUAAAAAUAAAUCUAUUACAAAACUAACA